AACCGGAGUGGUGAGAGAGACGUAAUAAGGGAAGGCCUUUUUUUCCCUCGCCAGCUGUUCCGUUUGUAACUCUGUUUAGAGAGAGAAAGAGAGAGAGAAGGAGAAGGAGAAGAAGAAGAGCAACACCUUCCUUUCUUUUCCUCUAUCUCUCGCUCAUUCUCUUUCUCCUAUUCGAAACCCUAAUCUCAUCGAUCUCAUUCGUUAAUGCUCCUGAUUGGCUGAUUUCGCUCUCGAUCUGGUGAUUCAGGCGACGCAUUACAGGCGUUCGAUCUGCAAAUCGUGAUUCCCGCAUCUGAAUCCUACUUUGCGAUCGUUUGAACAAGUUGAUCUGUUUUGGUUCCAAUGACGGCGGAAAACGAAGUUCGUAGCGAAGUUUCUGAGGAUUCGAAGGUUGAAAUUGAGGAGAAGUGUGGGUUGGAUAUGAGUUCGUACGAAAAUUUGCCUAAAGUCGGUGGGGAUUGCAACGGGGUGAAGCAUGCUGAUGAUGGUGGUGAAGAAGAUGUGAAUGGGAUUGAGAAUGGUAAUGUGAAGGAUGAUCCAGACCAUUCGUAUGUUUUCGUUAGUCGGAGCAACUCUCCGAAUUAUGAUCCAGUCGAUAAGGAUCUCAAUUCGGAUUGUGCUGACGAAACGAAGUCUGUCCCCAAAUCUUCUCAAAUCGAGGACGCAGAGGUCCAAGUUGGGGAAUUGAAUGGUCAGAAUGGAGAAAAUACUGAAUUGUGUGGGGAGGACAAUUGCAUUGUUGAAGGCGCCGACAAUUCCCCUUCAAACAGUGAUAUUGUUCCGGAAAGUUCCCUGGUCAAACCUGAUGGGGAUGACUGCAAAGUUGCAAAAACUGAUGCAGUGGAGGAGCAAAAUGGUACAUUGGCUGUGGAAAGUUCAGUUGUCAAAACUGAUGGUGAUGACUGCAAAGUUGCGAAAACUGAUGCAGUGGAGGAGCAAAAUGGUACAUUGGCGAUGGAAAGUUCAGUAGUCAAACCUGAUGGUGACGACGGCAAAGUUGCAAAAUCUGAUGCAGUGGAGGAGCAAAAUGAUACAUUGGCAGUAGUCAAACCUGAUGGUGAUGAUGGCAAAGUUGCGAAAACUGAUACGGUGGAGGAGCAAAAUGGAACAUUGGCUAUGGAUUCUGAAUUGCAGCUGGUUGAUGGUGAGGUGAAGGUCGAGAAAGAAAGUCAAUUGGAGUCUGGUAAUGAAUCGAUGCUGCCUGGUGGAGAGCUGAAGGCUGAGGAGCAAAUCCAGUCGGAGUCCGUUCCUGACCCAGAAGAGAAUCAGGGAUCCCCAGUUAUUGUUUCAAAGGCUGGUGAUUGCGAAUCACAGCAGCUCGAUGAUGGCAUACAGAAUAAUUUAGAGUCAACUGCAGAGGUAGAUGAGGUUCUGCAGUCCCAAACUAUGGUGUCUGAGGCUGAUCACUCCGAUGAUGAAAAGCUUAAGUCUGAGGAACAGAAUAGUUUAGAGUCAACUGCAGAGGUAGAUGAGGUUCUGCAAUCCCAAACUAUGGUGUCUGAGGCUGAUCACUCCGAUGAUGAAAAGCUUAAGCCUGAGGAACCGAAUAGUUUAGAGUCAACUGCAGAGGUAGAUGAGGUUCUGCAAUCCCAAACUAUGGUGUCUGAGGCUGAUCACUCCGAUGAUGAAAAGCUUAAGUCUGAGGAACCGAAUAGUUUAGAGUCAACUGCAGAGGUAGAUGAGGUUCUGCAAUCCCAAACUAUGGUGUCCGUGGCUGAUCGCUCCAAUGAUGAAAAGCUUAAGUCUGAGGAACGGAAUAAUUUAGACUCAACUGCAGAGGUCCAUGAGGUUCCGCAAUCCCAAACCAGUGUGUCCGAGGCUGAUCACUCCGACGAUGAAAAGGUCAAGUCUGAGGACAAAAAUAAUUUGGAGCCAAUUGCAGAAUUAGACGGGAGUGAAGAGUCAUUGCUUAAUGAGGAACAAGAUAACUUAAAGUCAACAGCAGUGACACAGAAGAGUCGGGAAUCUGAAAUUGUGGGUAUAUGCGCCGUUGAACCUCAAUUGUCUGAGGUUGAGGCUGAAAAGGCGAAGUCUGAGGAGCCAACAGAGUUAGGAUCAGCUAGGGAAGUAGAAGAAAGUCUGGAUUCUCAAAUCACAGUUUCAGAAUCUGCUGCAUCCGAGUCCUGCCAGCUUGAUAAUGGGGAGGAGAAGCUUGUGGAAGAAAAGAAAACAGAUUUUGGUAUAGACAUGAAAGCCGAUCAGCAAGCUGACAUUUUGGUUACCGACAGUGUUGAUGGCAAUUUGGAUCAGGGCAAUGAAUCUGCAAAUAUUACAAACAAGACAGAUGUAUCAUUAGAAACUGAAAUUGCCAAUGAUUCUGUCUCCGAUGCAAUGGUUAGGUUGCCUACUUCUCAUGUUGAAGAUGGUAUUUCACAAACUGAAGUACUUAAUGAAGGCAUUGACGGCAGUGAAAGACCACCUGAAUUGAAUGCGUCUUCUGAAAAUGCUGAAAUAUUGCCUUCCUCUAGCCGUUGCAUGAGAUCAGAAAUUAAGUUUGGGACUGUGUCAGAAGGUUCUGAAAGUUUUCCUACUGGUUCUGAUGACAGCACAGAGGUAGAACAAGAGGUUGAAUGUGGGUCUUCUCUAGCUACUGAUAGUUUUCCUACUUGUUCUGCUGAUGAUAUAAAAUCUGAAAAUGAAGUUGAAAAUCUCAAUGUUAAAAGCAGAGAAACUAUCCUUCCUUGUCCUGUUGAUGAUGCAAAAUCAGAAAUUGAAGAGAAGGGCCCUGAUGGAGAUGAUAGAGUCCUUCCUUGUCCUGUUGCAAAAUCAGAAAUUGAAGAGAAUGGCCCUGAUGGAGAUGAUAGAGCGUCUUGCCCUGCUAAUGAUAUGAGCUCCGAAAUUGAAGAUGAUGGCCCAGAAGUCGUGAAUAUUGAAAAAGUAGGAGGUCAAUUUAAUAGUGGAGAUGGAGAUGACGAUGACAAGAUAGCAUGCCAAGAAACCAAAGGUGAUGAAGGAACCAGUGGGGAUGGGUUCUCGACAUCUUCACCAGAGGAUUCUAGUGCUGAUGCUAUCGAUGAACGGAAUGUGGGUGUGGAAACCAGGAGAAGGCCAUUCCGUUUCUUGAUCAGGAUUCCAAGAUAUGAUGAUGAAAAUAUUAGAGAACAGAUCGGACGUGCUCAGCUACAACUUGACGAGAAGACACAACUUAGGGAUGCUAUUCGAGUUGAAAUCCAGACGAAAAGGGCCAAUUGUGAGGACUGUUAUCGUAAAUAUGAUGCUGCCAAAUUAGGAGAGAUAGCUGAACGGGGGUUGCUUAGGUCAAAAUUCCAGGAAAUAGAAUCUAUUAAAUCUGUGCUUAACAGAGUGAAGAGUGCAAUUUCUGUUGAGGAUAUUGAUGGCAGGAUACAAAGUAUGGAACACAUGAUAGAACAUGAAACCAUGCCUUUGAAAGAAGAAAAGCAGUUUAUUCGGGAAAUUAAGCAACUGAAGCAACUUCGGGAACAGCACUCUUCAAAUAUGAUGAGUAGCCAGGACGAAGUUCACCGGGCUUUGGACGAUAGUGUCCAAAUGGAAGAGCGUUUGAAGAUUCUGAAGAAGGAAGUGAAAUCCCUCAAAGACAAGGUUUCGGAAGCCAAAGUGACCACUGAUGCGGCAGAGAAGAUAUAUUUUGAUGAAAAUAAAAAAGUACAGGAAUUAAAAGCCAAGUUUAGAGCUGCAGAUGGUAUUCGCCAAGAAGCAUAUGCACAUUUACAGCGUCUGAGGAAGCAAUUGUAUGAGAAGAACAAACAUUUUAGAAUGUACAAGGAUGAUGUGAUGGCAGCCAAUGAUUGUGAAUCGUCUGGAAAUAGAGAGGCACUUUAUCGUCUUUGUGUUAACCAGGUGGAGAGAUUCAUGGAAUUGUGGAACAAGGAUGAUGAAUUUCGAAGAGACUACGUCAAAUGCAACACCAGGAGUACACUGAGGAGAUUGAAUACAUUGGAUGGUCGCUCACUUGGGCCCGAUGAGGAACCACCUGUACUGCCCAAUUUGGUGAAUGAGAGAGUUGAUAGGUCUCUUUUUAACCGUGUCAAAGCCAACGCCAUGUCAGUCAAAGCCAAUGCCGUGUCAGUGAUUUCAACCAUUGAACAAGUAAAACAGGGGUCAUCAAUGGAAGGUGAAGCAGCGGAUGGUAAAGCCGCAGUGAAGGUGGAAAAACAAAAGAAUCAGGCAGUAAAAACUAAAGAACCUGCCAAACCUGUGGUGGAAACUGGAUCUGCAACUGUUUCCGGUCGGGUUGAGAGUGAAGAAACAAAAGAGGAAGAGCCUAAGCAAACAAAGGAGGAACAGGAAUUGGCCAGGAAGGCGGAGGAAUUGAGGAAGGCAGAGGCAGCAGCCAAGCUGAGAGAGCAACGCCGGUUGGAAGAGAAGGCCAAAGCUAAGGAGGCAUUAGAAAGGAAAAAACGAAAUGUAGAGAAGGCCCAAAUGAGGGCUGAGUUAAGAGCUCAGAAGGAAGCUGAACAGAAAGAGAAGGAGAGGGAGAAGAAGGCAAGGAAAAAGGAAAGAAAGAAGGGAGUUGCAAUAGAGGCCACCGAUGGUAACAAUGAAGGAGAGACUGCUCCAACCUCAGAAAAUCCAAUUGAAACUACCAAGGAGCCCGAGAUGAAGGAGCGUGCUAUGUCAGUAACAAAAAGGCCUCAAAAACCGUCGCGGUUCACUAAGCAGAGCAAGGUAAAAUCUAUACCAUCUAUCCCUCCACCUCUUCGCAACAAAGGUAAGAGAAAGAUGCAGACAUGGAUGUGGGUCAUUCUUGCAAUCCUAGUUGUUCUUGCCUUGUUCUUGUUGGGGAACAUCGGCUUCUCUUUCGAUCUCGGGCUGCAACGCCUUGGCUUCUGAAUGCUUUUUGCAAUUAGUUUGGGUAAUCAACUGAGGUUUGACGGAAAAAUAGGCAAUUCUUUUGUUCUCUACUCGGAAAUUGUUAUUUGUCUAGUUUGCAUAAACUUACCACCACUAUAUUGGCUUUUCGUUUUUCACACACCAUUUAUAGAUUGUCUGUUAUAUUCUAUAUGAUCAAUAACAGAAUGUUUUCAGUAUUGCUUCCAACCAUUAUAAAUAAUAAGCACAAUGUUUCCUGACA